CCAGCGGUCCUCCAUGCUCUCGGCGAUGCAUGUCCGCCUAUCAUUUUAGAUUUUGUCUCGAUUUCGCCAACCCAAUUUUCAUAACGACGAUGAAACACCAUCUCGACCUCAAGCGCACUCCUUUCCCUCCAGAAAUGCUUCAGUGAAGCUCGACCCGUUCUUGGCCGUUGUGCUUCAACUGAGGCUAUUUGAAGUUCCGAGAAGAAAAAAAAUGUCCCUUUCGUUGUCAUCCAAUGCAUUCAGUAUUCGACCCACAAAGUACGAAGCCUUGAGAAGGCGUUUCUCUUCUCAAUUCAUCAGCCCAAUUCAGGUGAGCUCAAGCACUCGUGCGUUUUCAGUCUCGCAUGUGUACUCGCCUUCCAUCUUUAAGUUCGGCCGAGAAAGACUCAACCCAAUUACUGCUUCGGCAGCAGCAGCGGCUGAAACAUCACCCUCCUCUUUCAGGAACAAAACCCCCAAAGAUAUAAACGUUUUGGUCGUGGGCUCAACUGGGUAUAUUGGGAAAUUCGUAGUGAGAGAGUUGGUGAAGAGAGGGUUCAAUGCCAUAGCAGUUGCCAGAGAGAGAAGUGGGAUCAGGGGUAGGAACAGUAAGGAUGAGACAUUGAACGAUUUGAAAGAGGCUAAUGUGUGCUUUUCGGAUGUGACGGACUUGGAGACCUUGGAGAAGUCUGUGGAGGGCUUGGGAUGUGAUAUUGAUGUCGUGGUAUCGUGCCUCGCUAGUCGGUCUGGCGGAGUGAAGGAUUCUUGGAAAAUUGAUUACGAGGCCACGAGAAAUAGCCUUCUUGCCGGUCGGAAAUUCGGAGCUGUGCAUUUCGUGUUGCUUUCUGCUAUUUGCGUGCAAAAGCCCCUUCUUGAGUUUCAGCGGGCGAAGCUGAAGUUCGAGGCCGAAUUGGUGAAAGAAGCCGAAGAGGACGAUAAGUUCACAUAUAGCAUUGUGAGACCAACGGCAUUUUUCAAGAGCUUGGGGGGUCAGGUUGAGUUGGUGAAGGAUGGAAAGCCUUAUGUCAUGUUUGGGGACGGGAAGUUGUGUGCUUGUAAGCCAAUUAGUGAGCCGGAUUUAGCUUCUUUCAUUGCAGACUGCGUGUUGAGUGAAGACAAGAUAAACCAGAUUUUACCGAUUGGCGGGCCAGGGAAGGCUUUGACGCCUCUCGAGCAAGGGGAGAUUUUGUUUAGACUUUUGGGGAAGGAGCCCAAGUUCUUGAAAGUGCCGAUUGAGAUUAUGGACUUUGCGAUCGGUGUCCUGGAUUUCUUGGUUAAGAUUUUUCCAGGAUUGGAAGAUGCAGCCGAGUUUGGGAAGAUUGGACGGUACUAUGCUGCGGAGAGUAUGUUGAUUCUCGAUCCCGAGACAGGGGAGUACAGUUCUGAUCAAACGCCUAGCUAUGGGAAGGACACAUUGGAAGAGUUCUUUGAGAAGGUUCUUCGGGAAGGAAUGGCAGGUCAAGAGUUGGGGGAGCAGACAAUUAUUUGAAUGCUUGGUGCUGUGAAGGAAAUGGAUUCAAUUACCAGUAAUUGGGUUAGGCAGCUUCAGUUUUGUAACCAUUUCUCACCUAAAGUUGUGGAUCCUUACCCGGAAAGUGAUUGGGCAUAUGUAUAAUCUGUGAGUAAGGUAUGUAUGUAACAAUUGAUUCUUACUGAUAAUUGACAAAUUCUGUUAUUCACAACUUUGAAGUUAUU